ACCGCCUGGUUGCCUAGGGAACCGGGCAGCAGAGACGGACAGGCUGGGGAGAAAGAAAGCGUUUCCAGGUCAGCUCAAACAUGGAGAGAGGAGCAGAGAGACAAAGAGGAGGGGAUACGGAGGUGGCGCAAGAGAAGGGCUCAGUGGAGAGGCAGUGGGGGGACGCAGAGGUGCUGGCUCUCAUGUCAGUGUGGGACGAGGUCGGCGCUCAGCACGUAGCCGAGAGCAGGGCCACGUUUGAGCUGAUCUCAGAGCGCCUGAGGAGGCUCAGUGUUGUGCGAAGCUGGUGGGAGUGUCAGGCCAAGUGCAAGAGCCUGGGACUUCAGGGCAGAAGGCCUGACGCAGCAGCAGCCGCAGCAGCAGGCACUUCAGCAAACUACAGCCCAGGAGUGGACGGGAGGCCAGAGGAGGGCUGGGAGGAAGAAGUGGAGGAUGUGGGUGAUCAAAGAGGAAUCUACUCUUCCACAGGCACUUUACCAACACAGGAAGGAAUCAAAAGUCAACUCCAUCGAGCUCUCCCUUACACUCCGACUGUGGCCGAGGAAGGGGGCCGCCACUGGACCGACGACGAGGUGCGAGCCCUGCUGUGCGUGUGGGCGGACCGGCAUGUCCGAGAGCGCUUGAAAUGCACGCUACGCAACAAGUCCAUCUUCCAAGAGAUGGCCCGUCAAAUGCAGAGAACUUUCGGGGUGGUGCGCAACUGGAAACAGUGUCGGACGAAAUACAAGAACUUGAAAUACGACUACAAGACGGCGAAAAGUGCCCACGCUGCAGGGGGCGGCGCCGCAGGAGGCCCGGGGAAGUACAUGAAGUUCUUCGAUGAGGUGGAGGCCAUUCUGCUGGACCGCGGGCUGGAAAGCGGCGGCGUGGAAAUGCAGAGGAGGCUGUAUGAUGGAGAGGUGGCGGAAGGGAGGCUGCAAACACCAGCACACACGACAACCUCAGAAAGUGAGGUUGUCAUAGAAAUUGAUGAUGAUGACAACAGUGAUGAUUACGAUAUGGAGGUAGACAUGGAAGCCAAAUGGAGCGGAACAGAUCCGUCCAGCUCGGACCAGAUCCAUGUAGUCACGGUGUCGGACACGGGUCGAAACUGGAGCGACCAGGAGGUGCGAGCGCUGAUCCAAGUCUGGUCCGACGAGCGCGUGUGCAGGCAGCUGGAGAGCUCGACCAGAAAGAGGGACAUCUUCGUUCAGAUCUCCACCAGGUUAAUUCAGCAAGGCAUCGAGCGGGACUGGAAACAGUGCCACACCAAGUACAAAAACCUCAAGUACCUUUACCGCUCCCUCCAGAGGGGCAAGGGGGACGAGGCUGACCCCAGACGCCUCAUGAGGUUCUACGAUGAGGUGGACGCCAUUAUGAAUCGCACGACUAACGGCUCGCCACACGCCACCAGAACUGCAGAGCAACCAGAAGUUUCAGGAGAACUCGUGAUGUUGGAGGGUUCCGGGGAGAGCGAUCACGUGGAUGUUUAUUUGAUGAGGGCAAACGCAGUCCCGACAGUGGUGGGAGCGCUGGAGGAGAGAACUUGUAGUACCGAUUCUGUCUCGUCUAUAAGCCUUGAUCUUACGCCAAGCAACGAGGAAAGGAGGCCGCAUGCAGCUAAGGAGCGUCGCUUGGAUCAGCAGCACAGAUUAAAGAACUCCGUUGAAAAAAGGGUAGAAAGAGAAAAUACCUACCUAGCAAGCAGAGGAAUGAAGAGGAAAGCUGUGGAUCAAGUCCCCAAACUCCAGACUCCAAGGAAAAAGCUGGACACUGGCUCUGCCUGUGCUGAUAACACAGAGGCCCAGUGCAAAGAAGAGCAGGAUCACAUCCCAAUAAUAAAGAUAAACUCUGUCCGCUCAAUGGCCUCCCCCCAUCCAUCCCCAGAGAGACAGAGGAUGGAGCGUCUGCCCUCGCCUCGUGGUGAAGGAUGCGCUGCUCCCAUUGGCUGUGUGAAUCAGUUGAGGGACGCUAUUGGCUGUCAGAGCACGUAA